AUGGAUGUCGACUGUCUUUACUUUUUCCUUCUUCUCUUGCUGCUUCCCGUCGGCCAGAGUAGAUGGACAGCAUGUGUCAAACUGUGUGGUCCAUCGACGGGUGCAACAAGCGUGCAACAAGCCUCUCUCUUCCUCUUGAUUUCUCAGUCAGCCACACCCGAAACCCCAAAAGCCAAGGUAAAAGAUCUGACCAACCUUUGA